CGUGGGUCGGGCCUGCCCCUUCAGGUGUUCUAGAAGCUUCGCUCUUUCCUCAGCUGAGGCUCUUCUCUCAUCCCCCCUCCGUCAGUCACACGGACCCGGCUACUCCCUCGCUGGUAGUACUCCCUCCCGCCGCGCCCAGAAACUGCGCAGGCGUAGACCCUCACUCGCGGGCCCCCCGGUAUUUGAGCACGCGACCCCUCACCAAGGGGCCCGUGGGCAGGCAGGCACAUGCGCAGAAUGACCCAACGAGCGAAUCAAAAUGGGCAAAGCCUGAUUGGGUCAGUCUACGCAUGCGCACAAUAUCUGACCUGUGGCUGUUCCCAUCCCUAUGCCCCCUCCCUCGUCCCCCCUCCGGAGCGCGUGCGCAAGUCGCCCGCUCAGUAGUUCUCGAUGUGCGCCACCCUCCGGAGUCCUUUCGGUUGGCGCAUGCGCAGAGCAGUAACGGAGGGGGCGGUCUGGAUCGUUCCGUUGGCAGCGGCCGGAUUCCUGUCAGCGGCGGCGGAGCCCGAUCCUGACAGCGCGUGAAGCCCCUGGCCUAGCCCGGCCCGCAGUGAGCGCGGCGCGCCCCCUCGGCUCCCGGUGUCUCCCCUCCCCACGCCGGGGCGGCGGAGGCAGCAGCGCCCCUCCUCCCGGCGGCCCCCCAGCCCCUGCCGGGCCGCGAAGCUGCGAUGCCCUCGGACUUCAUCUCUCUGCUCAGCGCCGACCUCGACCUCGAGUCCCCCAAGUCUCUCUACUCCAAGGAAUCUGUCUAUGACCUCCUCCCAAAGGAGUUGCAGUUACCACCCUCCAGAGAAACAUCUGUAGCAUCCAUGAGCCAAACAAGCGGUGGUGAGGCAGGUUCGCCUCCUCCAGCUGUAGUUGCUGCUGAUGCUUCUUCAGCUCCCUCCUCUUCCUCCAUGGGCGGUGCUUGCAGCUCCUUUACCACCUCUUCCAGUCCUACCAUUUACUCUACCUCAGUCACCGACAGCAAGGCUAUGCAAGUGGAGAGCUGCUCCUCAGUCGUGGGGGUAAGUAACCGAGGGGUAAGUGAAAAGCAGUUAACCAGUAACACAGUCCAGCAGCAACAAUCAAUGCCGAAGAGACAUACAGUCCUGUACAUCUCACCACCACCUGAGGAUUUGCUGGAUAACAGUCAGAUGUCCUGCCAAGAUGAAGGGUGUGGAUUGGAAUCAGAGCAGAGCUGCAUUAUGUGGAUGGAGGAUUCCCCCUCCAACUUCAGUAACAUGAGCACCAGUUCCUACAAUGAUAACACUGAGGUGCCACGUAAAUCACGCAAACGAAAUCCAAAGCAGAGGCCAGGGAUCAAACGUCGAGACUGUGAAGGAUCCAGCAUGGAUAUAUUUGAUGCCGACAGUGCCAAAGCGCCUCACUAUGUCCUUUCUCAGCUCAGCACGGACAGCAAAGGCAACUCAAAAGCAGGAAAUGGAGCAUCAGAAAGCCAGAAAGGAGCCGGAGGGAAGAAGAGCCCGAUGCUGUGUGGUCAGUAUCCUACUAAAAGUGAAGGCAAGGAGCUGAAGAUUGUGGUACAGCCGGAGACCCAGCACAGAGCUCGGUACUUGACUGAGGGCAGCCGAGGCUCAGUGAAAGACAGGACACAACAAGGUUUUCCAACUGUAAAGCUGGAAGGUCACAAUGAGCCAGUAGUGCUGCAAGUGUUUGUGGGUAAUGACUCUGGUCGAGUGAAGCCACAUGGGUUCUACCAGGCCUGCAGGGUAACUGGGCGAAACACUACUCCCUGCAAAGAGGUGGACAUAGAGGGUACUACGGUUAUAGAGGUUGGCCUUGACCCUAGCAACAACAUGACACUUGCGGUUGAUUGUGUAGGAAUACUGAAGUUGAGAAAUGCAGAUGUUGAAGCUCGAAUAGGGAUUGCUGGUUCCAAGAAAAAAAGCACCCGUGCCAGAUUGGUAUUUCGUGUUAACCUCACUCGGAAAGAUGGCUCAACUUUAACGCUCCAGACACCUUCCUCUCCGAUUUUAUGCACUCAACCAGCUGGUGUGCCAGAGAUCCUCAAGAAAAGUCUGCACAGCUGUUCAGUGAAGGGGGAAGAGGAAGUCUUUCUGAUUGGCAAGAACUUUCUUAAGGGAACAAAAGUGAUCUUCCAAGAGAAUAUUUCUGAUGAAAACUCUUGGAAAGCAGAAGCUGAAAUAGACAUGGAAUUAUUUCAUCAGAAUCAUCUUAUUGUGACGGUGCCACCAUAUCAUGACCAGAAAAUAACCUCUUCUGUUUCUGUGGGGAUAUAUGUGGUGACCAAUGCUGGAAGAUCACAUGAUGUGCAGUCAUUUACAUACACUCCAGAUACAUCUGGUACUCUGAAUAUUAAUGUGAAGAAAGAAAUCUCCAGCCCAGCACAGCCUUGUUCUUUUGAAGAGGCUAUAAAAGCAGUGGCAGCCACUGGCUGUAACCUGGAUAAAGUAAAUAUUCUCCCUAGUGCCUUGAUAACUCCACUUAUGCCAACCAGUGUGAUUAAGAAUGAAGAUGUGGCUCCAAUGGAAGUUACAGCUGAAAAAAGAUCUCCCACUAUUUUCAAGGCUACAAAGGUGGUUGGACCAACUCAACAAACAUUAGAAAAUAUGUCCAGCAUAUCAGGAAAUGCAACCUUUUCAACUGCUUCUUCUCAUUUACCUUCUGAGAGUGAAAAACAACAUCAGAUACAGCCUAAAGUGUAUAAUCCAGAAACUCUGACUACUAUCCAAACACAGGACAUUUCACAGCCUGGUAGCUUUCCAGCUGUCUCUGCUCCCAGCCAGCUGCAGAAUAGUGAUGCACUAUUGCAGCAAGCUACACAGUUCCAGACUAGAGAGUCCCAAUCCAGAGAGGUGUUGCCGUCAGACAGCACAGUAGUUACUCUGUCACAGUUAACUGAGGCUUCGCAGCAACAGCAGUCAACACUAUCAGAACCAGCACAGACACUACAGCAACAGAUUUCAUCAAGUAUUUUCUCACCUGCAAACAGUGUGAGUCAGCUACAGAACACUAUACAGCAAUUGCAAGCUGGAAAUUUUCCAACCAGUACUGCCAGUGGAAGCAGUGGAAAUGUUGAUUUGGUCCAGCAAGUCUUAGAAGCUGAACAGCAGUUAUCUUCGGUUUUGUUUUCUGGGUCAGAUAGUAGUGAGGAUGUUCAAGAGCAACUCAGUGCAGACAUUUUUCAGCAAGUUAGUCAAAUCCAAAACAGUGUGAAUCCUGGGAUAUUUUCCUCAUCAGAGACAGCAGUCCAUUCCAGGCAAGAGAAUCUUUUGUCUGGAAGAGCUGAAAAUGUCCAUCCACAGCCUGAGAGCUCAUUGUCCAAUCAGCAGCAGCAGCAGGCAAUGGAGACUUCUGCAGCAAUGGUGAUUGGAAUGCAGCAAAGUAUGUGCCAGGCUGCAACACAGAUGCAAUCUGAUCUUUUCUCCUCAGCAGCUUCAGGAAAUGGAAACCUCCAGCAGUCCCCUGUUUACCAGCAAGCUUCCCACUUGCUAAGUGGGCUAUCAACAAGUGAAGACAUGCAGAUGCAAUGUGAGUUAUUCUCCUCAUCUUCUGGUGUUUCUGGAAAUGAAACAACUACUACUGCUCAGCAGCAAGUCUCGACCAAUGGCUCUACCAUGUUUCAGACCUCGAGUUCUGCAGAUGGAGAAGAAGCUUCAGGACAGAAUAAACAGAUGCAAAACAAUGUGUUUCAGACCAUGGUUCAGAUGCAACACAGUGGGGAAAGUCAGCCUCAAGUUAACCUGUUUUCAUCUACAGAAAACAUGAUGGCCGUUCAGGCAGGUGGAACUCAACAGCAGGGAGGUGGACUGUUCCAGCAAGGUGGGGAAAUUAUGUCUAUUCAGUCAGGAAGUUUCAUGCAGCAGUCCCCACAUUCACAGGCUCAACUUUUUCACUCUCAGAAUCCCAUUGGUGAUGAUCAAAAUAUAUCCCAGGAAACACAAGGGUCUAUUUUUCGUAGUCCAAAUUCCAUUGUCCACAGUCAGACCACUUCCUCUUCCUCGGACCAAUUGCAGCCUCCAAUAUUCCACUCCCAGAACGCCAUGGGUGUAUUGCAGAGCUCUUCUGUACCUCAAGACCAGCAAUCAGCCAACAUGUUCCUUUCCCAGAAUUCAAUGAACAACCCUGUAACUCAAGAAGAACAGAUGUCAUUCUUCACAACACAGAAUUCCAUUACUCCACUUCAGACAGCCACAAACACAGAGCAGCAAACUUCUUUCCAGCAGCAGGCACAGAUACCCCACAUUCAAAACCCUAUGAUUCCCCAAGAUCAGCCCCAAGCUCAGCCCACUCAGCAGGGUUUGUUUCAGGCACAAGUAUCACUAGGCUCCCUCCAAUCUAGUACAAUGCCCCAGAACCAACAAGGGGCUAUCUUCCAGUCUCAACACUCAAUGGUUGCUAUUCAGAGUAGCCCUCCAUCCCAAGAACAGCAGCAGCAGAACAUGAUGUUCAGUACUCAAAAUACAAGUACAAUUGCUUCUCAGAAGCAGACUAUGCUUUUCAACCCAAAUCAAAAUCCAAUCACUAAUCAGGAGCAGCAGAACCAAUCUCUUUUUCAUGCACAAUCCAAUAUGACGCCAAUGAAUCAAGAUCAACAGCCCAUGCAGUUCCAGAGUCAAACAACAGUGACUCCACUUCAGAAUCCUGGGACCAGCCAGACAGAGACACAGCAGCCCACCAUGUUUCAUAACUCACCCCAGAUUCAGUUGGUUCAAGGAUCACCAGGUUCUCAAGAGCAGCAAGUCACCCUCUUCAUCUCUUCAGCUUCCAUGUCUGCCUUGCAGAAUAGCAUGAGCCAGCAAGAGCUGCAGCAGUCUCCCAUCUACUCUUCUCAGAACAAUAUGACAGGUAUUCAAGGAGCUGCUUCUCCUGCACAGCAACAAUCUUCUUUGUUUCACAAUACAGCAGGAAGUGCUAUCAACCAACUGCAGAAUUCUCCUGCUUCAUCUCAACAGACUUCAGGAAUAUUCCUAUUUGGGAUUCAAAAUAACUGUGGCCAGCUCUUAACCUCUGGACCAUCUGCAUUGCCAGAUCAGCUGAUGGCUAUAAGUCAGCCAGGUCAGGCACAGAGUGAGGGGCAACCAGCAGUGACAACGCUUCUGUCUCAGCAGAUAUCUGAGAAUUCUCCACUACCUUCGUCUAUGACAACCAAUCAGUGUAUAGAGAAAAUUGAUGACUUGCUUGUGUCAUUACAAAACCAGGGGAACAACAUGACUGGCUCAUUUUAAUUGGCCAAAAAUUCUGUGAAGGAAAAGAUUUCCAAGAUCCUCUCAGACCUUGUGGCUCUGGAUUAGGGUGUAUGGAGCUGAACUGUUCUGUUAAAGAAUGGCCUGUACCCAAGCAAAUAUGUAAACUUCACUCUCUUUUCUAAAGAGCACAUUUGCUGCCUACUGCAGUGUCUAGCAAUUGAGGCUAUAAUGAUAGCAUUUGAGACACCUGAAGCCAAUAAUGGCUGAAAAGCUGUGCUUUGUGUUACAGGGGGUGGAACUGGACUGUUAACCACCUUCCUAGGCCCCAUUAGUUAAUGGGCUGCUGUUUUAAUUCAAAGCAUGACUGCUCAGCUAUUAUUGUUAGAAAAUAACACGUUAUCAUGUUUACUUUUUCUUUCUUCCCUUCCUCCUUCACAACACCUCUGUUGAGUAGGAAAGCUUGUGAAGCAGGAACAUCAUGUGCCCUAACUCGCAUUGUGAUUCAUGGCAUAGCUGUCAGUCAGUGAAGGAAUUGCAGUUUUUCCAGUCGAGCUGAAGGACCAUUGCAGGGGUGUGUUAUUCGCAGCAGGUGGUGGUGGUGAUAUAUAUAAUAUACAAUCAGAAAAUCUGCUACAACUCUAGGAGCAGCCAGAGAGAUGUGGGUGCUUCCCAUCUGAGGGUGUGAUUAACAGGUUUUUUUCUGUACUGAUGAUUUUAGAUAUCAACUGCAUAGAGUAAGAAUUAGGUGGCUCUAUCAAAAUGAAGGGGAAAGUCACAGUAAAUUGUGUUCUAAAAUCCCUUGAACUGAAGAGCGCAAUCUGCCUAGCUGAGGAAACAACUGCUUCAUGCCUCUCACUAUUUUGGCAUAGAUUAGAACUUGAACAUUAUGCUUUCUCAUGCCAGGCUGCCCUCUUUCAUUCUUUCCAUGCUCUUCAUCCCUCCCCCUAAUUUUAUAUUUGUUUCCUAAGCAAAUACAAAUAUCCUGCUGGUUUUAGAAACUGAAGUAACUCUUAGGUGUCCAAGGCACCUCUCACUGUGGUAGCAAAGUGCCAAGCCAGUGGCUGCAUCUUUAUAGGUCACCAGGGUUUGAGGGCGUGAGAAAAUGCUGGUUUUGUCUCCAUCCCCCAAACUUCCUGAAUCCUAGAGAAAUCCUACUUUUCCCUGUUGUUGCUGAUAUAAAGUCUUAAACUUUAUCCCAUAUGGGGGCAAACAGCAUGAUUUUUAAUCAUUCUUUAAAACAUCACUUCAAGCUGAGCUGCUGCAUCUUUGUAGCGUUCUUGGUUCAUUGCAGGUUUGAAGCAUCCAUUUUACUAGCAGUCCCCAUGAGUUGUAGCCUCUCAGGGGUCAUACAUUAAUUAAAAACAAUUUACUCAUGUUUUACAGUAUCUAAGAAUAACCCACUCUAGGCCAUGCAGUUGUAGUGUGAGGCAUUUGGAUUCUUUCAGAUGAUCCGACUAGCUCAAGAGAGAUGUGGUGCCUCACAAUAACCUCAGGCAGACGUUUUCUUCAGUCUUUUCCCUCUCCUUCCUGUAGAAAGAUGUUAAUGCAGGUUAGAGCCAAACAGCUGUCAUGCGUGGCUACUAUGCCUUGGUGUAGCAUAAUUGGUAUCCUGUCACUUUUCAUUUUGGUUAUUUUAAGUAAUGGAGAGUAGCCUGUAAAUGGUUUUCAAGUUACCCUAGUCUGUUUACUGCGUGUUUUUUCUAACUUGUGCACCUAGUUGAGCCAUGUAGAGAUGUUCUUUGGUUUUAACGGUUUUUCCCGUGUGUCAAAAUCUGUCACAAUGUUCAUUUUCUCUUUUUGUGUGUGUGUCUGUCUGUCUGUCUCUCUCUCUCUCUCUCUCUCUCAUUGAGAGGCAUUGAAUUACGUUUUCAGUAGUAAGGCUUCUUGCCGAUAUGAAGGGAACUUUUCAGAAAGAGACCUGCUCUGGGUCAUUUAAUUUUGAAUACAGUUUUCAAUCGUUCAAGUUUUGGAUGGUUUAUAUCUAAUGUGUGUUUCAUUUUUUUGGAAAGCUAUAUUUUGUAUUUAGGAAAUGGUAUACUAUUUUGCUAUUUGUACUGAGUGAGUACAAUGGCAUAAAUAUAAAAAUUUAUAUAUAUACAUAUAUAUAAAAUAUUCUUUUUGCCACACAUUUUUGUGGUAAAUUUGUGAGUUUGUCUGAUGUUCUACCACAACGUGGCGUCUGAUAAUGGUGGGGGUGAGGGUGGGGUUUGUUAUGUCUUUACUCAGUAUUUAAGUACUUUUUGCAACAUAAAUAGUUUGUUCAUCUUGGGCCAUUCCAUCUGGCAAUGUAUUGUUCCCGUUGGCUCUGGACAACUUCAGUGUGUGUUUGUGUCUGUCACACAGCAGUGGGAUGUAGUAAGGAAACCCAUUUAGACAACUGUCUGAUGGGCUUUCAUUCAGAAUGAGCCAUUCAGCUUUUACUCUGUCACUGUCUAUUUAAUAUUUUAUUAGCUCCUUUGUGUUGGAUCUUUUAAUUUAUAAUUACACUAAAAUGUUUGAAAUUAUAAUCAUGUUAAAGAAAAUUUUCUCGACUUCAUAAUGUCCAGAGCUGCUUUUUAGCUCUGAACCAUACGCUUUUCUUCCGGUAAUUUUUCUCCUGCUAUGGAAAAAAGUAAAAUAAAAUCCUUUGUUAUGGUUCAGGACAUGAAAGAGCAGCCUGUCAGCACUGAAUGAGCGCUGUCUGAGGAUGAAUAGAAGGGUUCUGCACAGCAUCGGAUUGAAUACACCAUCCUUUUGUAAUCCGUUUGUAAGAAACUGGUGGCUUCUGCAAGAGCAGCUUGUUCACACUAAGUCCCAGAACGAGGAUUUUUGGUGAUACCUUGACGGCUGCGUAGGCCAACAGUGGGCAGAAUGAGGUGAUGAGGAUGAUAAACUGACUUGUGUGCUGUUUGUUUUGGUUUUUGUUCUUUUGAAGGAGAGCAUCCUCAUGAUGAAAUGUUGUUGGUCGGUGCCAAGAAACCAGGGACCAGUUCUUCAUUUAAUAAAAUUGGUGUCCAAAAUAGAACCUUUUACCAGGGACUGCUACAAUUCCCACUGUGGGGGGAAUGUUUAAAUGUGUGCAUAUUUUUAGAUUGUUGAUUACAAGGGCUGUGCUACCAUAUUCAAAUAACGACAUUAUCUAUAUUUUCUUUUGUAUCAAAUUUACUGUCUGUUUUAGGUCAAUGUUAAAUGUAUAACAUUUUGAACAUGUGAUUUGGUUACAAAAAGUAUUUGUCUUCUGAAUGAAGGGUUUGCUCAGUGGUUGACAAGUGCUCUUGCUGCUGCUUUCAAACAGCUGUUACAGAGGAUAAAGAGAGAGGUUCAAUGAGCCAGCAAAGGCCUAGGAAACCGCUUACAGAAGUUGUUCCAUGGCAGAAGGACCUAAAAAUAAUGUGAACCACAUCUUUGUUCCUUCAGAGCCCUGCUCAGGCACUGUUUUGAUUUCAAUAGUUGACAUUUACUUUUGGAGCUUAUCCUUUGUUUUUUCUUUUACCCCCAACUUAUUUAUUCCAUAAUAUGUCUGCAUCAGUAUGGGUAUUAGAGGAAAAGCACACAAAGUGGAUUGCCUGUAGAGUUAUUGAGAGGCAGGGGAAUCAAAUCCAGUUUGGUUUGAAAAGUUAGAUAUUAUUUAAGGUAAAUGAAAAUAUGUGCAUCUUGAGUAGUCAAAAAAUGACAUUAACUAUUACCCCUUGCUUAUGAUGAACAUUACUUAAGAAGCCAGACUGCCAAAGAUCAAAUGUUAGGAGCAUUAUUGCAAAAGGAAAUUUGCUUUCAUAUCUGUCAGGCCAAUGUUCACCAAUGGAAGUAGAUGGUUUUAUAGCUAUACGUGCUGGAUGGAAGCUGGAAAGCUGUAGAACUAUAUUUGUAGGGUGGAUUUUCUGUGUAGUGUUUCUUUUUCAUAGAACCAUAUUGUUAUAUGGGACCUCAAAGGUCAUGUUGUCUAACCCUCUGCCAAGAUGCAGGAUUUGUUGUGACUAAACCGUCCAAGACAGAUGCUCUCCAGCCUCUUUUUGAAAACCUCCAGUGAUGGAGAUUCCAUGCUUCCCUAGGCAGUUUGUUCCAUUGUCCUACUGUCCUUACAGUUAAGAAGAUUCUUGAGCUUUUCUCCUGCAUGAACUCUCUAUUAAACCACCUUUAAUACAAAACACACACACACAUUCUCUCCCUCAAACUAGGUUAUAUUCUCCAGGCUUAAGUCACUUCUCCAUUAAUUUCCCUGACUCUCCUAAACCCCAUUUUUCUGAUGUUGUCUCUACAGUAUGUCUGAUGUGUACUGCACACCUGUUUCCUAAUAACUGACUAAUAUCCAGGGAGAUGCUCCCUGCUAGCUACCACGUCAGUAUGUCUUCUACCUGUGUCAUGUUGUCUCCAUGUAAACAACACCCUUGUAUAAAAAGAAACUGUUAAACUAUUAUUCCUUUAGUGAUGAAUAAAGUAGGUGGAUAACACUUAAGCUGUAGAAAAAGUUAAGACAAGCAUUAGCCAAACAUUUCCUAUGGCAGGAGAUGAUCAUCAUCACUUUCCACUUCACAGGCCAGUCUACUUGUUGGCACUAAUUGUCUUCUACUCUUUCAAUGGUUAUCCAAGCCAAAUGCUCUACGAUUAUUUCCUUUGUCAACAAAAUCAAUUCAAGAAGUCAUUUCAGCCUUGCUGGGCCAAAAUAGACAGUUAACCACCAGGCCUUUUGUUUGGCUAAUUUUUCAUUAUUGUCAGUGUGCUCAGAGCCUGUGAAUGGACACCUUUUUUUAUUUAUACUCAAUUUAAAUAAAAAAUAAACAGGUUAGUGUCUGUCAAUCUUGACAGCAUCCCUUCUCAUACUUACACAGAACUGGCAUGUCCAGUUGCACAGAUGUACAUUUUUCUAAUCUACAUAAGCCUUGAGUUUUCCAGUGCUCCUGCUAUGACUUUGAUUAGGGGACACUGUCCAAAAAGAAGUCUCAUUCUGUUGCUCUGGUAAGAUUUUUCAUUCUCCAAGAUUGUCCUUCCAAAGCCUUCAGAAAGGACAAACCACACAGGAGCUCAAAUCCUUUCUCUGACGUAGCCGAAACAACCAUAUGAGCAGCAGGAAAGAUGCUUCGUUAUAAAAUUUCUUCAUUGGAAUAAAGAAAUUAAACACCCAAAAAGGUCAAACUUUUAUAAAUUAUAGAAACAAGAUGGGGGUGAGAUCAUCUUUUAUUGGACCAAUUUCUGUUGGUGAGAGAGACAAGCUUUUGAGCUACACAGAGCUGUUCUUCAGGUCUGGGAAAGGUACUUAGAGUGUCACUGCUAAAAACAGGACAAACAGAUAGUUUAGCAUAAGUAAGCUGACUUAGAACAAGGCUUCCUUAGCUCUUGUCCCCUAAUACCCCUACCCUACCUGAGCUACAUUGAUGACAUCUUCAUCAUCUGGACCCAUGGAAAAGAAGCCCUUGAGGAAUUCCACCAUGAUUUCAACAAUUUCCAUCCCACCAUCAACCUCAGCCGAGACCAAUCCACACAAGCGGUCCAUUUCCUGGACACUACUGUGCUAAUAAGCGAUGGUCACAUAAACACCACCCUAUACUGGAAACCUACUGACCGCUAUACUUACCUACAUGCCUCCAGCUUCCAUCCAGGACACACCACACGAUCCAUUGUCUACAGCCAAGCUCUAAGAUACAACCGCAUUUGCUCCAACCCCUCAGACAGAGACAAACACCUACAAGAUCUCUAUUGAGCAUUCGUAAAACUACAAUACGCAUCUGCUGAAGUGAAAAAACAUAUUGACAGUGCCAGAAGAGUACCCAGAAGUCACCUACUACAGGACAGGCCCAACAAAGAAUAUAAUAGAACGCCACUAGCUGUCACCUUCAGCCCCCAACUAAAACCUCUCCAACGCAUCAUCAAAGAUUUACAACCUAUCUUGAAAAAUGAUCCUUCACUCUCUCAGAUAUUGGGAGACAGACCAGUCCUUGCUUACAGACAGUCCCCCAACCUGAAGCAAAUACUCUCCAGCAACCACACAACAAAAAAACUAACCCAGGAACCUAUCCUUGCAACAAAGCCCGAUGCCAACUCUGUCCACAUAUUUAUUCAAGUGACUCCAUCAUAGGACCUAAUCCCAUUAGCCACGCCAUCAGGGGCUCGUUCACCCACACAUCUACCAAUGUGAUAUAUGCCAUCAUGUGCCAGCAAUGCCCCUCUGCCAUGCACAUUGGCCAAACCGGACAGUCUCUAGGCAAAAGAAUAAAUGGACACAAAUCUGACGUCAGGAAUCAUAACAUUCAAAAACCGGUAGGAGAACACAUCAUCCUCUCUGGCCACUCAGUAAAAGAUUUAAAGGUGGCAAUUUUGCAACAGAAAAGCUUCAAAAACAGACUCCAACCAGAAACUGCAGAGCUUGAAUUAAUAUGCAAGCUAGGUACUAUUAAUUUGGGUUUGAAUAGAGACUGGGAGUGGCUGGGUCAUUACACAUAUUGAAUCUAUUUCCCCUUGUUAAGUAUCCUCACACCUUCUUGUCAAUUGUCUAAAUGGGCCAUCUUGAUUAUCACUACAAAAGUUUUUUUCUCCUGCUGAUAAUAGCUCAUCUUAAUUAGCCUCUUACAGUUUGUAUGUCAACUUCCACCUUUUCUGUGUGUGUGUAUAGCUUCUUACUAUAUAGAAGAAAAGGAGUACUUGUGGCACCUUAGAGACUAGUGCCACAAGUACUCCUUUUCUUUUUGCGGAUACAGACUAACACGGCUGCUACUCUGAAACCUUCUUACUAUAUGUUCCAUUCUGUGCAUCCGAUGAAGUGGGCUGUAGCCCACAAAAGCUUAUGCUCUAAUAAAUUUGUUAGUCUCUAAGGUGCCACAAGUCCUCCUGUUCUUUUUAGUGUAAGUAGUUAUAUAUUCUAACGGGCCAUUCACGGUGAAGGGGCCCGUUAACACCCCUUUAGUCAUAGGACAAAAAGGGGAGUUAGUGGGUUACAGAUCGUUGUAAUAAGCCAUAAAUCCAGUGUCUCUGUUAAGACCAUGAUUUUUAGUGUCCAGCAAAGUUAUGUAUUUAAGCUCCCAGGCUCAUCUGUUUACAAUGUGCAGAUUUCCUUUGAUGAGGACUGGUAGGCCUGGGAACUUAAAUUCAUAAUUUUGCUGAGUGUUAAUGGGCCACUUCACCUUGAAUGGUCCCUUACACUACUUAUGCUAAACUAGCUACUCAACCUUCUAUUUAGCUGUGAAACUCUGAGUUCUCUUCCCAGAUCUGGGGAAGAGCUCUGUGUAGGUCAGAAGCUUGUCUCACCAACAGAAAUUGGUCCAGUAAAUAUAUUACCUCACCCACUUUGUCUCUCUCAUAUCCUGGGACUAAUAUGGCUACAAUAACAAUGCACAGAAGAAGAGAAAUUUAAUUACAGAAUUUUAUUUUCAAUUGUAUCUCACACAUUGCUCUAUUACUUAACAAUUAUCAGGCUGUCUAUUCAAACUAUGUACCCAUUUGCAGAGCUCUGUCUAUACAAGUAUUUAUCUGAACAGUGGAAGCAUCAAGCAUGGUGAGGAAUUGCUUAGUGUUCUCUGAACUUGGAACUGUAGGUUGAAAGUGAGAAAAGGGAAAUUUAAUCUGACCACUGGGAGAAGAAAGAAUUAUCCCAGUGAGAGAUCUGUUUCUGUGGAAUAGUCUUGCAAAGAGAGUGGUGGAAGACCCAUUAUUUGAGAUGUUUAAAAGCUAGCUGGAUUGAUAGUCAAGAGCAUAUUGUAAGGCUCUUGAGUGUAGAAUUUUGAUGAGUCUUUUGGGACAGAUCUUGAUAAUUCUACAUGCAAAAAUAUUCACCCUUGCAGUUCUGGUAAUGGUGUGUGCAAACAGUCAGUUAUGUGUGCAAAUGUAUACAUUUGUGUACAAAUAGUUGCCUACUAAGAGCCAGACUUCAUGAACUCUUUACUUGAUAUGUGAUAUACACUACUUAGAGACAAUAAAAGAUACGGCACAGCAGAGAAAAUCUGGGGAAAAUGUACAUAUAAAAUUCUCCAAUUUAGUCUGUGCUUUUGAGAGAGAAUGUAGAAAAGUCUUUUUUCCCUUAUAUAAUUUCUUGUAUAUAUGUAAAUAUAUUGUGCAUAAAAAUCCUUGACUUGUACAUAUGUAUAUAGUUGGAAUCAGAUGAUAUGCCAAAGAGACAAGGUGGGUGAGGUCAUAUCUUUUAUUGGACAAACUUCCGUUGUUGGACAAUAAAAGAAGAAGCUGGUCCAAUAAAAGAGAUUACCUCAUCACACCACCUUGUGUGUCUCAUAUCCUGGGACCAACAUGCUGACAACAACACUACAAACCAUCACUAUACCAUUGAGUUUAUUAUAUAAAUGCAUAAAGACUGUUAUAGUAACAUUUUUAUAACUUUCAAAGAACAUAGUUGUCCUUAGUGUGCACUUGUUUCUCUAACUCUCUUCAAUAGAUCAGUAAUAGCUAUAUAAAUGUGUAAAUACUGUAUGAGUGGGGAGGGAUUAGUAGUGUAAUAAUAAGUAUUAUCCCAGAAAUAUGUACUUUUCAGCAAUUCACUAAAAUCCAUGGGAUUAAGGUGAAAUGACUGUUUGAAACAUCCCUGCGCUUUUCUAUUUUUCUAGAGAGUUUUAUUAACCUUUAGUGAAUUUGAUGUUUUGUGAAAUGUGCGAACUGGCAGGCCAGGAAAUCGCAGUCCCCUGGAUGGGUUCAGCAAGGGCAACAGCAGUACGUUUCCCACACACUUCUCUUUGCCAAUUUGCCUCACUCCUUUUCAGGAGGGGCCACUUCUCAGGACUCAGUUUCCCAGGCUUCUCAGCAGAGGCUACCAGAUAGUGCCAAGGACACCCUGGUGGGGUUUGUGGUAGGGACUAGCUAGGAGCUGGACUGAUAAAAGUAAUCCACUUUCAACAGGGGUCACCAAACGUCUGUCAAAUGGCAAAGAUUUUUACCCCAUUACUGAGCUGGACUGGGCUUAAACCAAGGACCUAGACCUACCUGUGUAGCGCCUUCCGGUUCUACUUUUUCUGAUUUUUUUUUGCACCUAAGGAAAGGUGAUCAAAAACCAAGGGUUGCUGAAUUUUGUUAUAAGGUUUUAACCAAUAAGGUUUAUUUAUUGAAGCAGUCUGACGAGUAAGUUCUCCCCAGUGGUAUCUUGCUGUAUGAGGAGCACUGGACUUGCCAGUACUUACUUGUUGAAGACUUAGGAAGAGAUUAAACUCUUAACGGGAAUGUCGGUUCUUGACAGAAAUGAAGAGCAAUGUAUUUUGCUCCCACAGCUUUUCCUGGUGCAUUCUAAUUUGACAGUCAGUUAAUCCCCAGACAUUACGAUUCUGGCAUGUUUGAUUCAAACCACCUCUGCUCGCUCCCUUGCAGUGUCCAAGACCGAUGCCCUGACUUCCCUCUUUUCCCUUAAUGCUGAGCACUUACCUGGUCCUGACCUUCCUCCUGCUGUACCUUAGAAACACUCCCUUCCACAGUUGUGCUCCUCCUGGCUGGGAAAUUGUCCCACAAAAUGCACAUCUCAUUCAAACCAGCAUAAGCAUAUCAGUGCUCUUCCUUCCAGCUGCUGAAUUCUCAUUCAUCCUCCCUUGACAAGUGCUUGGUUCAGAUGCCUAACAGCUGUGAAACCCAGCCACCAGACUUGUUCUGGUCUCCAAGCCAGGAGAGGGACAGAUCCUCAGCUGGUGCAAAUUGGCAUAGCAUCAUUGAAGUCCUUGGAGCCAGAGGAAUUUACAGUAGCUUAGGGUCUGGUCCAGAGUGUCCACUUCCUGCGUGUGCUCCAUCUAGGCAGGAGGUAGUAUUCUGAGCAGGUUAGUCCCAUGUGGUGUUAGUCCCAUUUCAGGGAAAAAAUGCAGCAUUUCUGGAUGUUAUGGGAUUGGGAUCAUGCCCCUGUGUCCUGUUAAAAGGACCAUUACCAACCUGAAGCUUUUCUGUGCUGAUUACUAUUUGAUAUAAAGAGUUUUUGAGGUUUGUCCCCAUACAGCUCACUGUUUUUAAUGGGUAAGCUCCAAAAGCUUCAAACUAGAGCCUUCUACCUCUGUUGUUGUUCUCUGCAUAAACUCAACAUGCUUGUGUCCUUUCUUUCUGGAGUGGUUUAUCUGCCUUUCUGCCAUGUUUUUGUUGGAGUGCACAGAUCACCACUGAGCUAUCUUUUCUGUUGUCCUGCAAUGUGAAAGUAGCACCGGAUAUUCCUUUGUGCAUUUCUGUGUAUAUGGCUUUUGUAGUUGGGAUCUUCAGAGCACUGAUACCAGGUGUUUUCAGUUUAUUCUAUGAGGGGAGAUUUCAUUUGCAUCUAUGUUUUUAGCUAUCCUGUGAUAACUUGUUGAAUAUUAAAAUAAAAAUAAAUAUUUUGCUUCUAUUGGGACAUUUGUAUACUCGCAACUAUAUUUCUGUAAACAGCUGCAGUCAAGAAUAAAACAUUGAAAGUUUUCAUUUUG